AUGGCGCUCGAUGGGCUCGAACGUUUUUUUGUCCCAACCAUAUACCUUCGACAUCCGUGUAGGCACUUUAAUACGGACCCCGUAAGACUUAUGAGUGGCGCAGGACGCAGCGGCAUAGCCCGUUCGAGCGACCCUCGACGGACUACCCCUCGGGGCGAGCUGAAGAUGCCCAGAUUUGUGAAAUUCCAUCCCGAAGAUACAGCCUCGCUGCUCAGCGAAAUCUUUUGGGGAGAUCCUCAUGACUACAAGCCGUACAAAUGUCCACUAACUGGGCGUAUCAUCUACUGGGGCACAGUUCCUAUGGACAGCGAAGGUCAUGCUGAUAUUGAUCCUAUGCGUUUUUCCGGUCGUACUAUGGAGACACAAUUUAUCUACGACAAACGUGGCAAUGGGCUUCCCAACCAGAAAUACAGUUUAUUGGCGCGUUAAUGGAUAAAAAGGUCUGAUGUUUCUUCUGAGAUCGCCCCUGUCACUGACC